CCCUCCUCACUCUCUCCAACUCACACAUCCACAUCCACACCCAAGGAUACCCUCACUGCUCCACUGCCGCUGUUUCCCACACUCAGUUAUUUUUUUCUUCACUUUCUGCCUCCACCCUCUCCAACUACUAACACACACACACACAUAUAUAACAUUUUUGUUUUUUAGUGCUGCCUCGGUGGAGGAAAUGCUGCUCUGACCCUGUUGCUGAGACUUCUGUGGAUUCCUCCGUCCUUUUCUCUCCUACUUUGCUGCUACCUGUGGAGGUUUUCCGUCGGUUCUCCGGUUCGGCCGUCUCAACAGAGCGCAGAGAGAGAGGGAGCCAUGCUGGGUCUGGACGUGUGUGAGUUUGGGGGUCAGAUGCUGGAGCUGCUCUGGUUGACCAUGUGCUACAGAGGUCUACUGGCUGACAAGAGUAAUUUGGCCAUCGAGGAGGAAGAUGAGGACAGGAACCUGAACUACAACCCUCCAGCUCAGAAGUCGCUGCAGGAGAUCCAGGAAAUGGACAAAGACGAUGAAAGUCUGGUGAAGUACAAACAGACCCUGCUGGGCCCGGAAGCAAUGAGUCCAGACCCGACUGAGCCCAACGUCAGAGUGACCAGACUCAUCCUGUUGUGUGACGAUGCUCCUGAACCAAUCACCAUGGACCUCACAGGAGAGCUGAGCGCUCUGAAGGAGACCAGCUUCACCUUACAGGAAGGAGCCAAAUACAGGCUGAAGGUUUACUUCAAGGUGAACAGAGAUAUUGUGUCUGGCCUGAAGUAUCGUCAAGUGACCUACAAGAAAGGAGUACGAAAGAACACCGCCGUGUGCAUGAUGGGAAGCUAUGGCCCACGAGCAGAAGAGCAGGAGUUCCUGUGUCCCGCUGAUGAGGCGCCUAAGGGGAUCAUGUCCCGAGGUCAAUAUGCGGUCAAGUCCUGCUUCACUGAUGACGACAAGAAAGUCUACCUAUCUUGGGAGUGGAUCCUCAACGUCAGCAAGGAUGGGAAUUAACGGCGGAGUGUGAGGAUGAUAAUGAUGAUGAUGAUGAAUGCUUUCCCUUCUUCCUCUCCUGCUUUUUAUUUUCCGUACCUUGCCACUCUGUCAUCUUCUUCCUUUCCGUAAUCACGCUCGCUGAGACAGGAAGCUGUUUGCAGGUGUCUCGUCACAUUUUCUUUACACUUUCUUCUUUUCUAGGUUAUCUCGAUUAAUCCUGAUGAGCUUUAUGCCUUUCAUGUUUCUCCUUUCUGCCUUAUCUUGUCAUGUGGCCUAUCACAGAGAGUCAGUUUUAAGCACAUAAUGAAACGUGGCAGAAGGAUAUUUAACAUGGGAUGGUGUAAAACUAUAGAAGAUGCAGGAACCUGCAAGAUCUGUUUGUUCUGAUUUACUGAAAGAUUGUUUUUGGGACAGUCAAGGUAGUGCAAAACACUGACAGGAAGGCGAACACGCUGCUUAAAACCAGGGAGCUGAUCCAAUUAAAUCCUCUUGGACACCAAGGAGGAACUCUGGACAGUAAUUAGUGUCUCCAGCUUCAGAUGUCCAGCAUCACCCACUGUGCCGAACCCAAACAAACGCACACAACGAAUGCAGGAAAAAGACGUGCUCCUUUCAGCUGUCAAUUGCUUUGGGAAUCAUCGACCCGUUUCACAUUUAUGUACGUUUAACAACCGCAAGAACGAAAAAGAGAUGCAGUGAUAUUUUCUGCGAUCGUGUUUCUUCACGUGUCUUUUAACUGGUGUGCAUCGAGUCUUUGAUGGGGGGUUUGAUUGGUGUGUCGAGAGUUGCGGUCAGAAGAAAAAAAAAUGUUUGUGUGAGUUAUUUUGUUUGAGUCCAUGUUUUUGUGAUGUAAAAUAAUGCAGUAGGUCUGAGAUAUUCUCCCUGACAACAAACGUUUUCUAGAAGAAGUGAUCUGAUCUGGAUGCAAUAGUAUGAAAAGAUAACAGACGUACACUUUAUAUGUAAUACGAACACACGUUUUAUGGUGGGAAAUGACAAAGUACGAUGUGAACUGAAAUUAAAAUCAGUGGGUGGAUUAAUCAAUUAAUUAAAAAUUAACUCAUUUUGACUGUGACUCAGUGGAACCAAACUAGUUUGGAAGCGAUAAACACGUGAUAGAACCAGAGAUUGGACAUGGACGUCUAGCAUAAACUGCUUCAGUAAUCCUGGUACUCCACCCAACACCUUUGUGGUAAAUAUGGAGAUCAGCAGUGGUGGGGGGAGGAAUAUUUUUUUCUUUGACAGAGAAGCAUAUAUGCCCUAAUCUAAUUGUAUCUGGAAAACAAUACGGUUUUCUACAUUUUUUCGCCUGGAUUUUAAUUCAGACUGUCAGAAUAACCGGGGGCCGUUCUAAAACACAUCACACUAAAACUUAAAAAGAUUCAAGGGGUAUGAAUCGUUUUCAAAGCUUCUUCCGUAUAGUAAACAUUACAGAAACUUUUAACUUUUACUUACACUCUACAAAGACAAGUAUUAAACUAUUUCCAAUGUCCUAAGUCAUCUAACACUGUGCUAAACACAGUGAAGCUGAACUACAAGCUUCACAUGUGCUGCCAUCAACAGCAGAGCAAAGACAGCUGUGUCUAAACGCACUUUACUGACUUUUCAACACUCGUAGUUUCAUAACUUUCCAUCACUCUGGGGUCAUAAGCUUUUGUUGUAAAAAGAAAAUGAUUAAAAAGCAUAUAUGUUUUGAACCAAAAAGCUAAAUUGCAGUUUAAAGGACAUUUCAGAACAAGAAAACAUUUUAAAAAAUGACAAUACAAUUAUUUUCAAAUAAAAAAACAAGUCUUUUGAGCCAACUUUAUGCCACCGCUGGACCAGUUAGUGCAUUAGUCAAUUAGUGAGUCCACAGCUGGACAGAAAAUAAUGUUACAUUCGAUGUUUGCUGUUUCCAGUACAAAACCUCUUCUGAGAACAGCGAGACUUAAAACAACGACUGCUCGUGAAAUAAAACGGAAAUAAAUUGUGUUUUGUGAUCAACUUAUUUGCAGGAAAGGGCUGAUGAAUGCUCGAGUACAUCAGAGUGACAAUACUAGUCACAAGAGAAGCAGAUAUGACAUCUAUCUGAAUGCUGCAUAAAGAAAAAAAAAUCCAGUUAAGCUUUUAGUAACAAUAAGUUAAUAAUCAUUUUGUUAAAUUAAAGGUAAACUGAAAAUAUGAUUAAGUGCUUUUAAAUCCCUGUAGGGUGCUGGUUUGUUGAGUCUCCUAAGUGUUGCACUUGGACAACAUUUCUCUUGAUUCCCUCAUCCUCACUUGAUAAAUUGCGAUAAUUGCAACACUUUAUAGAAUGAACUGGGACAGGAACCCUUGGAAUAGUUACUUUGUGUUAUGAAAUGAUGCCAACAAUCAGCAUUUCAAAUGUGACAUCAUCAUUUUUUUAGCAUUCUCUGCUGCUGCUUUCUGCUGGUUUGCUCUCACACCUUUUCUCAUAAUUCUGAAUUUCAGACUUGAAAAUGAAUAUAAUCAGCUUGUGCUAUGAGCCUUAGCACAACUAAAGUGGAAAAUGAUCAAAAUGAUGAUAAAUGCCUUUUAACUGCCGUGUUUAAUGUUUGGUCUUCUUCAACCAGGCUAAAAUUCUUGUUUAGUUGUUUUCAUUCCCAUUCAUUUAGUUUUUUUGGGGGGGUUUUGGCACUUUUUGAAAGAGCACACGGGUGAAAACCUGUACCUGAACUGUGUAUACUGUAGAAAGAAAUGCAUGUAGGUCCUUUGAUACUAUUCACAUAAAAAAAAAACUGAACUAAAUCCUCUUUUCUCUUGUAGAUAUCAUGGAUGUGAGAUGUAAAUAAAGUUUUGCUUUGAAGCUAUGACAUCUUUGGAGUACAUGGAUACCUCGUAGAAUACGCGAAAUAACACUCCUGUGCUGUGUUUGAGUAUGCCGUUGUCAUUGUAGGUGAACAUAUUUGGACUUACUGAUAAAUGAAGCUCCGUUUGAGUGAACUGUUGUGGUCUGAGACUAAUUGUAAAUGUUGGCUUGUUGGGUUUUGCAUGAUUCAGCGAGAUUCUUUAUUAAGGAAUUUAAGGAACUUAAUGUCACACAAAAAUUAAGAAGAAAAACGAUUAGCACAUUUCUUGUGAUGUCAGCGCCUGCUGAAAGAAGCAGGCAUAGUUGGUGCAAGGUCAGGCUGAAAGACACAGAAGCCUGGAAACUCUUUGUAUCUUUUUGCCUCCUGCAGCUAAACGACCAAGAGCUGCAUCGCUGUCAAAUUCCAGUAUCAUGUAUUGUUUAAUAAAGGUAAUUUAAAACAGCU